AUGGUGUUAUUUGACGUCACCUCUCUCUUCACUUCAAUCCCUCAGGACCUGGCCAUCGAAACGGUCACCGAAUUGCUCGAGAGGCAAUAUGACGAGACGGACGAGUCAGUGAAGAGGAGACAUCUAGCCCAACUCUUAAAAUUCUGCCUGAAGACGUACUUCACCUUCGAGGGGACCAUGUAUGAACAGAUUAAAGGGACGCCGAUGGGAUCGCCUCUCUCCGGCUUCAUCGCUGAGGCAGUUCUUCAAAAACUAGAGAGCCUGGUUCUCACAACUCACAGGCCAAAAGUUUGGACUCGGUAUGUCGACGACACCUUUGUCAUCAUCAAGCGAGAAAUGAUCGAGGAAUUUCACAGUGUCCUGAAUUCCGUCUUUCCGGACAUCCAAUUCACGAUUAAGGCGGAAACCAGCAACCAGUUGCCGUUUCUGGAGGUUCUUGUCCAUCGAAAACCCAACGGGCACAUAAAAACGACCGUGUACAGGAAGGCUACCAACACACGCCAAAUCCUAAGCUAUCACAGUAAACACCCGUUAUGUCACAAACGCAGCUGUGUGCGAACUCUCUACAGUAGAGCAGAAACACACUGCAGCGAACCGGAUGACAGAAGGCCAGAACUCCGCUACCUUCAGCGCCUUUUCAUGAUCAACGGACACCCCCGUAACUUCAUCGAACGCAGCAGGCAGUCUGAACCAGGCCAAAAUCGGGUGACAGAACAGCCAAAAGUCUGGCGUGCACUGCCAUACAUCGACGGCGUCUCUGAGGCAGUUUCCCGCCUCCGAAGACCCUUGGGGAUCGGGAUCGCUCAUCGACCAGACUCAACCAUUCGACAUUUGGUUGAGACCGAAGGCCCCCUGACACGAGGUGAGACGACACAUGCCAUCUACCGGGUCCAAUGUAACUCUUGCGAAGCUAACUACGUCGGAGAGACAGGUGGACGGUUACAAAGCCGCGUUAACGAACACGUGCGGGCAGUGAGGAGAAUGGACCCAUUGUCUGUGGUGGCGGAACAAUGCGCGGACUCUGGACACACUUUCGCCUUCCAGAACGCCAAAAUUCUGGGUCGAAGCAAUAAUCGCGUAGCCAGGGGAACCAUCGAGGCCCGGCACACGGAGACUACCUCGAGAAACAGUUGUGUCGCCCUUCCGGCAGCCUACCAAGCGAUCCGGUCGCAGCUCAACGAAAAAAAGAACAAUCGCGAAGUAAGGCCAGACAUGAAUUCAAACACGGGAGAACCUACGACGGACCUGCACGUAGCCACACCGCAAAUCGGGCCCGACGAGGGCGCAGUCAUCAAUACUGUUGCCUCAACUACUACUCCAGCAGACGAGGAGAAACGCGGUCAGAGGGAUGCAAUCAAAGCUAGCAACCCAAAAUUAAAAUCGAUCACUAAAACCUUGGGUUUUAUGUAA